AUGGCUGACCCCGGCCCGCGCUCGCUGCUAUACGAGGGGAUCAUGCUUCCGGCCCUGGUGCACAGCCCGGAGAGCGUGCGGUACGCCCAGCUCGGCUUCCAGGUGCGAGACAGAGACGUCUUCAGUAUCACCUACCCCAAAUCGGGCACCACCUGGAUGCAGGAGCUGCUGACCCUCAUCCACAGCGAUGGGGACCCCCAGCUGGCGCGGUCGGUGCCCUCCUGGGAGCGGGUGCCCUGGCUGGAGCAGACCACGGCAGCUGGGUUCCUGGAGAAGCGGCCCUGUCCUCGGCUCAUCUCUUCCCACCUGCCCUGCGGCCUCUUCCCCACCUCCUUCCACGGCUCCAACGCCAAGGUGAUCUAUACUGUGAGGAACCCCAAGGACGUCUGCGUCUCUCUCUAUUAUUACUCUAAAAUGGCCUCGUUCCUGGAGUUCCAGGAGGAUUUUGGGGAAUUUGUGGAGCUCUUCAGUGCAGGCAAAGUGCUGUUCGGCUCCUGGUUCCAGCACGUCAAGGGCUGGCUGGGCCUUAGGGACCGGCUCAACUUCCUCCUCCUGACCUACGAGGAAAUGCAUCAGGACCUGCGGGGCAGCGUGGAGCGGAUCUGCCAGUUCCUGGGCAAGCCGCUGGACGCGCGGGCGCUGGACGGGGUGGUGGAGAACGCCUCCUUCCAGGCCAUGAAGCAGAACAAGAUGUGCAACUACAGCCUGGUGCCGGAGAACAUCAUGGACCAACGGAUCAGCCCCUUCCUGAGAAAAGGGGUCCCUGGCGACUGGAAGGGGCACUUCACGGUGGCGCAGAACCAGGCGUUUGACCGGCUCUACCGGGAGCAAAUGCAGGAUGUGGGCGUCCGAUUCCCCUGGGACGAGGCCUGA